AUUAAUUUAGUUGUAUAUCACACACACAUUGUUUUUUUAUUUAUUAUAAAAAAGCAAAAAAAAAAUAUUUUAAGUUUUUAUAUUUUUUAAAAAAAAAAUAAUAAUAAUAAUGUAUGCAAUUAUAAACAUUGCAAUUUUGUUAGUAAUUACAAUUAAUUGUAAUUUUAUGGUUCAAUCAUCAUCAAUAACUAGACUACCACCAAAUAGUUAUAUUAAUGCUAAUAAUGUUAAUCUAACCCAAAAUCCGACUACCAGUGCUAUCUAUCUAUGCGGCGGUUACGAUGGUAUUACCUAUCAAACCGGUUGUUUCAAAUACAAUACCCGUUCGAGUGUCUGGCAAUCACUGCAACCCAUGUCCAAUGGCCGUAGUCUGUAUGGACUGGUUUCGGUCAAUCAAAAAUUGUUUGCCAUCGGAGGGUUUACUGGUACUGAUAAGUCAAAUACAGUUGAAUCGUAUGAUAUAAGAACCAAUUCAUGGACUUUGGUGGCAGCGUUGAGAAAUAGUCGAUAUCAACAUGAUGCAGCAGUUAUUGAUAAUAUUAUUUAUGUUUGCGGCGGUCAUCAAGAGGAAACCUGUGAAUCCUAUUCGCCAGCUAAGGAUGAAUGGACUUUUAGUACACCAAUGAAUGAAAAACGUGAAGGUCUGGCACUGGUAGCUCUGGAUGGCUAUCUGUAUGCUAUCGGAGGUUUUGAUGGCUCCCGAACAUUGAAUACAAUGGAAAGGUAUGAACCAAAAUCCAAACAAUGGGUACCAAUGAAAAACAUGCGUUCAUCAAGAGCAAAUUUUGGUGCAGCAGCCCUAAAAGAUAAAAUCUAUGUGUGCUCUGGUAAAGGUAGUGAUGAAAGAUCGUGCGAAUCAUAUGAUCCCAAAUUAAAUCAAUGGACACCAAUAGCACCAAUUACCGAUAAGCGAUAUGAUUUCAAAUUAAUUGCAUUUGAAGAUGAAUUGUAUGCAUUUGGUGGCUAUUCAGCUUACGAUAUAAGCAAAACGGUUGAAAUAUACAACUAUUUAUCAGAUAAAUGGUCUCCAUCUACAGCAUUGCCACAUAAACUAAUGGAUUACGGGGUUGCUAUCGCUUAA